AUGUUCAAUAGCGUCGUCGAACGAGUAGUGGUGGUGCGUGCACAUCAGAAAGACGAGUGUGAGCAGCUCAGGAGGAGCAGCUCAGGAGGAGCAGCUCAGGAGGAGCAGCUCAGGAGGAGCAGCUCAGGAGGAGCAGCUCAGGAGGAGCAGGUCAGGAGGAGCAGCUCAGGAGGAGCAGCUCAGGAGGAGCAGCUCAGGAGGAGCAGCUCAGGAGGAGCAGGUCAGGAGGAGCAGCUCAGGAGGAGCAGCUCAGGAGGAGCAGCUCAGGAGGAGCAGCUCAGGAGGAGCAGCUCAGGAGGAGCAGCUCAGGAGGAGCAGGUCAGGAGGAGCAGGUCAGGAGGAGCAGGUCAGGAGGAGCAGGUCAGGAGGAGCAGCUCAGGAGGAGCAGCUCAGGAGGAGCAGCUCAGGAGGAGCAGCUCAGGAGGAGCAGCUCAGGAGGAGCAGCUCAGGAGGAGCAGCUCAGGAGGAGCAGCUCAGGAGGAGCAGCUCAGGAGGAGCAGCUCAGGAGGAGCAGGUCAGGAGGAGCAGCUCAGGAGGAGCAGCUCAGGAGGAGCAGCUCAGGAGGAGCAGCUCAGGAGGAGCAGCUCAGGAGGAGCAGCUCAGGAGGAGCAGCUCAGGAGGAGCAGGUCAGGAGGAGCAGGUCAGGAGGAGCAGGUCAGGAGGAGCAGCUCAGGAGGAGCAGCUCAGGAGGAGCAGCUCAGGAGGAGCAGCUCAGGAGGAGCAGGUCAGGAGGAGCAGGUCAGGAGGAGCAGGUCAGGAGGAGCAGCUCAGGAGGAGCAGCUCAGGAGGAGCAGCUCAGGAGGAGCAGCUCAGGAGGAGCAGCUCAGGAGGAGCAGGUCAGGAGGAGCAGCUCAGGAGGAGCAGCUCAGGAGGAGCAGGUCAGGAGGAGCAGCUCAGGAGGAGCAGCUCAGGAGGAGCAGCUCAGGAGGAGCAGCUCAGGAGGAGCAGGUCAGGAGGAGCAGCUCAGGAGGAGCAGCUCAGGAGGAGCAGCUCAGGAGGAGCAGGUCAGGAGGAGCAGGUCAGGAGGAGCAGCUCAGGAGGAGCAGCUCAGGAGGAGCAGCUCAGGAGGAGCAGCUCAGGAGGAGCAGCUCAGGAGGAGCAGCUCAGGAGGAGCAGCUCAGGAGGAGCAGCUCAGGAGGAGCAGCUCAGGAGGAGCAGCUCAGGAGGAGCAGCUCAGGAGGAGCAGCUCAGGAGGAGCAGCUCAGGAGGAGCAGCUCAGGAGGAGCAGCUCAGGAGGAGCAGCUCAGGAGGAGCAGCUCAGGAGGAGCAGCUCAGGAGGAGCAGCUCAGGAGGAGCAGCUCAGGAGGAGCAGGUCAGGAGGAGCAGGUCAGGAGGAGCAGCUCAGGAGGAGCAGCUCAGGAGGAGCAGCUCAGGAGGAGCAGCUCAGGAGGAGCAGCUCAGGAGGAGCAGCUCAGGAGGAGCAGCUCAGGAGGAGCAGCUCAGGAGGAGCAGCUCAGGAGGAGCAGCUCAGGAGGAGCAGCUCAGGAGGAGCAGCUCAGGAGGAGCAGCUCAGGAGGAGCAGGUCAGGAGGAGCAGGUCAGGAGGAGCAGCUCAGGAGGAGCAGCUCAGGAGGAGCAGCUCAGGAGGAGCAGCUCAGGAGGAGCAGCUCAGGAGGAGCAGCUCAGGAGGAGCAGCUCAGGAGGAGCAGCUCAGGAGGAGCAGCUCAGGAGGAGCAGCUCAGGAGGAGCAGCUCAGGAGGAGCAGCUCAGGAGGAGCAGCUCAGGAGGAGCAGCUCAGGAGGAGCAGCUCAGGAGGAGCAGCUCAGGAGGAGCAGCUCAGGAGGAGCAGCUCAGGAGGAGCAGCUCAGGAGGAGCAGCUCAGGAGGAGCAGCUCAGGAGGAGCAGCUCAGGAGGAGCAGCUCAGGAGGAGCAGCUCAGGAGGAGCAGGUCAGGAGGAGCAGGUCAGGAGGAGCAGCUCAGGAGGAGCAGCUCAGGAGGAGCAGCUCAGGAGGAGCAGGUCAGGAGGAGCAGCUCAGGAGGAGCAGCUCAGGAGGAGCAGCUCAGGAGGAGCAGGUCAGGAGGAGCAGGCUCAGGAGGAGCAGCUCAGGAGGAGCAGCUCAGGAGGAGCAGCUCAGGAGGAGCAGCUCAGGAGGAGCAGCUCAGGAGGAGCAGCUCAGGAGGAGCAGCUCAGGAGGAGCAGCUCAGGAGGAGCAGGUCAGGAGGAGCAGCUCAGGAGGAGCAGCUCAGGAGGAGCAGCUCAGGAGGAGCAGCUCAGGAGGAGCAGCUCAGGAGGAGCAGCUCAGGAGGAGCAGCUCAGGAGGAGCAGCUCAGGAGGAGCAGCUCAGGAGGAGCAGCUCAGGAGGAGCAGGUCAGGAGGAGCAGCUCAGGAGGAGCAGCUCAGGAGGAGCAGGUCAGGAGGAGCAGGUCAGGAGGAGCAGCUCAGGAGGAGCAGCUCAGGAGGAGCAGCUCAGGAGGAGCAGGUCAGGAGGAGCAGCUCAGGAGGAGCAGCUCAGGAGGAGCAGCUCAGGAGGAGCAGGUCAGGAGGAGCAGGUCAGGAGGAGCAGCUCAGGAGGAGCAGCUCAGGAGGAGCAGCUCAGGAGGAGCAGCUCAGGAGGAGCAGCUCAGGAGGAGCAGCUCAGGAGGAGCAGCUCAGGAGGAGCAGGUCAGGAGGAGCAGCUCAGGAGGAGCAGCUCAGGAGGAGCAGCUCAGGAGGAGCAGCUCAGGAGGAGCAGGUCAGGAGGAGCAGCUCAGGAGGAGCAGCUCAGGAGGAGCAGCUCAGGAGGAGCAGCUCAGGAGGAGCAGCUCAGGAGGAGCAGCUCAGGAGGAGCAGGUCAGGAGGAGCAGGUCAGGAGGAGCAGGUCAGGAGGAGCAGGUCAGGAGGAGCAGCUCAGGAGGAGCAGCUCAGGAGGAGCAGCUCAGGAGGAGCAGCUCAGGAGGAGCAGCUCAGGAGGAGCAGCUCAGGAGGAGCAGCUCAGGAGGAGCAGCUCAGGAGGAGCAGCUCAGGAGGAGCAGCUCAGGAGGAGCAGGUCAGGAGGAGCAGCUCAGGAGGAGCAGCUCAGGAGGAGCAGCUCAGGAGGAGCAGCUCAGGAGGAGCAGCUCAGGAGGAGCAGCUCAGGAGGAGCAGCUCAGGAGGAGCAGGUCAGGAGGAGCAGGUCAGGAGGAGCAGGUCAGGAGGAGCAGCUCAGGAGGAGCAGCUCAGGAGGAGCAGCUCAGGAGGAGCAGCUCAGGAGGAGCAGGUCAGGAGGAGCAGGUCAGGAGGAGCAGGUCAGGAGGAGCAGCUCAGGAGGAGCAGCUCAGGAGGAGCAGCUCAGGAGGAGCAGCUCAGGAGGAGCAGCUCAGGAGGAGCAGGUCAGGAGGAGCAGCUCAGGAGGAGCAGCUCAGGAGGAGCAGCUCAGGAGGAGCAGGUCAGGAGGAGCAGCUCAGGAGGAGCAGCUCAGGAGGAGCAGCUCAGGAGGAGCAGCUCAGGAGGAGCAGGUCAGGAGGAGCAGCUCAGGAGGAGCAGCUCAGGAGGAGCAGCUCAGGAGGAGCAGGUCAGGAGGAGCAGGUCAGGAGGAGCAGCUCAGGAGGAGCAGCUCAGGAGGAGCAGCUCAGGAGGAGCAGCUCAGGAGGAGCAGCUCAGGAGGAGCAGCUCAGGAGGAGCAGCUCAGGAGGAGCAGGUCAGGAGGAGCAGCUCAGGAGGAGCAGCUCAGGAGGAGCAGCUCAGGAGGAGCAGCUCAGGAGGAGCAGGUCAGGAGGAGCAGCUCAGGAGGAGCAGGUCAGGAGGAGCAGCUCAGGAGGAGCAGCUCAGGAGGAGCAGCUCAGGAGGAGCAGCUCAGGAGGAGCAGGUCAGGAGGAGCAGGUCAGGAGGAGCAGCUCAGGAGGAGCAGCUCAGGAGGAGCAGCUCAGGAGGAGCAGCUCAGGAGGAGCAGCUCAGGAGGAGCAGCUCAGGAGGAGCAGCUCAGGAGGAGCAGCUCAGGAGGAGCAGCUCAGGAGGAGCAGCUCAGGAGGAGCAGCUCAGGAGGAGCAGCUCAGGAGGAGCAGCUCAGGAGGAGCAGCUCAGGAGGAGCAGCUCAGGAGGAGCAGCUCAGGAGGAGCAGCUCAGGAGGAGCAGCUCAGGAGGAGCAGCUCAGGAGGAGCAGCUCAGGAGGAGCAGCUCAGGAGGAGCAGCUCAGGAGGAGCAGCUCAGGAGGAGCAGCUCAGGAGGAGCAGCUCAGGAGGAGCAGCUCAGGAGGAGCAGCUCAGGAGGAGCAGCUCAGGAGGAGCAGCUCAGGAGGAGCAGCUCAGGAGGAGCAGCUCAGGAGGAGCAGCUCAGGAGGAGCAGCUCAGGAGGAGCAGCUCAGGAGGAGCAGCUCAGGAGGAGCAGCUCAGGAGGAGCAGCUCAGGAGGAGCAGCUCAGGAGGAGCAGCUCAGGAGGAGCAGCUCAGGAGGAGCAGCUCAGGAGGAGCAGCUCAGGAGGAGCAGCUCAGGAGGAGCAGGUCAGGAGGAGCAGCUCAGGAGGAGCAGCUCAGGAGGAGCAGCUCAGGAGGAGCAGCUCAGGAGGAGCAGCUCAGGAGGAGCAGCUCAGGAGGAGCAGCUCAGGAGGAGCAGGUCAGGAGGAGCAGGUCAGGAGGAGCAGCUCAGGAGGAGCAGGUCAGGAGGAGCAGCUCAGGAGGAGCAGCUCAGGAGGAGCAGGUCAGGAGGAGCAGCUCAGGAGGAGCAGCUCAGGAGGAGCAGGUCAGGAGGAGCAGGUCAGGAGGAGCAGCUCAGGAGGAGCAGCUCAGGAGGAGCAGGUCAGGAGGAGCAGGUCAGGAGGAGCAGGUCAGGAGGAGCAGGUCAGGAGGAGCAGCUCAGGAGGAGCAGCUCAGGAGGAGCAGCUCAGGAGGAGCAGCUCAGGAGGAGCAGCUCAGGAGGAGCAGCUCAGGAGGAGCAGCUCAGGAGGAGCAGCUCAGGAGGAGCAGGUCAGGAGGAGCAGGUCAGGAGGAGCAGGUCAGGAGGAGCAGCUCAGGAGGAGCAGCUCAGGAGGAGCAGCUCAGGAGGAGCAGCUCAGGAGGAGCAGCUCAGGAGGAGCAGCUCAGGAGGAGCAGCUCAGGAGGAGCAGGUCAGGAGGAGCAGGUCAGGAGGAGCAGGUCAGGAGGAGCAGCUCAGGAGGAGCAGCUCAGGAGGAGCAGCUCAGGAGGAGCAGCUCAGGAGGAGCAGGUCAGGAGGAGCAGCUCAGGAGGAGCAGGUCAGGAGGAGCAGGUCAGGAGGAGCAGGUCAGGAGGAGCAGCUCAGGAGGAGCAGCUCAGGAGGAGCAGCUCAGGAGGAGCAGCUCAGGAGGAGCAGCUCAGGAGGAGCAGCUCAGGAGGAGCAGCUCAGGAGGAGCAGCUCAGGAGGAGCAGCUCAGGAGGAGCAGCUCAGGAGGAGCAGCUCAGGAGGAGCAGCUCAGGAGGAGCAGCUCAGGAGGAGCAGCUCAGGAGGAGCAGCUCAGGAGGAGCAGCUCAGGAGGAGCAGCUCAGGAGGAGCAGCUCAGGAGGAGCAGCUCAGGAGGAGCAGCUCAGGAGGAGCAGCUCAGGAGGAGCAGCUCAGGAGGAGCAGCUCAGGAGGAGCAGCUCAGGAGGAGCAGCUCAGGAGGAGCAGCUCAGGAGGAGCAGCUCAGGAGGAGCAGCUCAGGAGGAGCAGCUCAGGAGGAGCAGCUCAGGAGGAGCAGCUCAGGAGGAGCAGCUCAGGAGGAGCAGCUCAGGAGGAGCAGCUCAGGAGGAGCAGCUCAGGAGGAGCAGCUCAGGAGGAGCAGCUCAGGAGGAGCAGCUCAGGAGGAGCAGCUCAGGAGGAGCAGCUCAGGAGGAGCAGCUCAGGAGGAGCAGCUCAGGAGGAGCAGCUCAGGAGGAGCAGCUCAGGAGGAGCAGCUCAGGAGGAGCAGCUCAGGAGGAGCAGCUCAGGAGGAGCAGCUCAGGAGGAGCAGCUCAGGAGGAGCAGCUCAGGAGGAGCAGCUCAGGAGGAGCAGCUCAGGAGGAGCAGCUCAGGAGGAGCAGCUCAGGAGGAGCAGCUCAGGAGGAGCAGCUCAGGAGGAGCAGCUCAGGAGGAGCAGCUCAGGAGGAGCAGCUCAGGAGGAGCAGCUCAGGAGGAGCAGCUCAGGAGGAGCAGCUCAGGAGGAGCAGGUCAGGAGGAGCAGGUCAGGAGGAGCAGGUCAGGAGGAGCAGCUCAGGAGGAGCAGCUCAGGAGGAGCAGCUCAGGAGGAGCAGCUCAGGAGGAGCAGCUCAGGAGGAGCAGCUCAGGAGGAGCAGCUCAGGAGGAGCAGCUCAGGAGGAGCAGCUCAGGAGGAGCAGCUCAGGAGGAGCAGCUCAGGAGGAGCAGCUCAGGAGGAGCAGCUCAGGAGGAGCAGCUCAGGAGGAGCAGCUCAGGAGGAGCAGCUCAGGAGGAGCAGCUCAGGAGGAGCAGCUCAGGAGGAGCAGCUCAGGAGGAGCAGCUCAGGAGGAGCAGGUCAGGAGGAGCAGGUCAGGAGGAGCAGGUCAGGAGGAGCAGGUCAGGAGGAGCAGGUCAGGAGGAGCAGGUCAGGAGGAGCAGGUCAGGAGGAGCAGCUCAGGAGGAGCAGCUCAGGAGGAGCAGCUCAGGAGGAGCAGCUCAGGAGGAGCAGCUCAGGAGGAGCAGGUCAGGAGGAGCAGGUCAGGAGGAGCAGGUCAGGAGGAGCAGGUCAGGAGGAGCAGGUCAGGAGGAGCAGCUCAGGAGGAGCAGGUCAGGAGGAGCAGGUCAGGAGGAGCAGGUCAGGAGGAGCAGGUCAGGAGGAGCAGGUCAGGAGGAGCAGGUCAGGAGGAGCAGGUCAGGAGGAGCAGGUCAGGAGGAGCAGGUCAGGAGGAGCAGCUCAGGAGGAGCAGCUCAGGAGGAGCAGCUCAGGAGGAGCAGCUCAGGAGGAGCAGCUCAGGAGGAGCAGCUCAGGAGGAGCAGCUCAGGAGGAGCAGCUCAGGAGGAGCAGCUCAGGAGGAGCAGCUCAGGAGGAGCAGCUCAGGAGGAGCAGCUCAGGAGGAGCAGCUCAGGAGGAGCAGCUCAGGAGGAGCAGCUCAGGAGGAGCAGCUCAGGAGGAGCAGCUCAGGAGGAGCAGCUCAGGAGGAGCAGCUCAGGAGGAGCAGCUCAGGAGGAGCAGCUCAGGAGGAGCAGCUCAGGAGGAGCAGCUCAGGAGGAGCAGCUCAGGAGGAGCAGCUCAGGAGGAGCAGCUCAGGAGGAGCAGCUCAGGAGGAGCAGCUCAGGAGGAGCAGCUCAGGAGGAGCAGCUCAGGAGGAGCAGCUCAGGAGGAGCAGCUCAGGAGGAGCAGCUCAGGAGGAGCAGCUCAGGAGGAGCAGCUCAGGAGGAGCAGCUCAGGAGGAGCAGGUCAGGAGGAGCAGGUCAGGAGGAGCAGCUCAGGAGGAGCAGCUCAGGAGGAGCAGCUCAGGAGGAGCAGCUCAGGAGGAGCAGCUCAGGAGGAGCAGCUCAGGAGGAGCAGCUCAGGAGGAGCAGCUCAGGAGGAGCAGCUCAGGAGGAGCAGCUCAGGAGGAGCAGCUCAGGAGGAGCAGCUCAGGAGGAGCAGCUCAGGAGGAGCAGCUCAGGAGGAGCAGCUCAGGAGGAGCAGCUCAGGAGGAGCAGCUCAGGAGGAGCAGCUCAGGAGGAGCAGCUCAGGAGGAGCAGCUCAGGAGGAGCAGCUCAGGAGGAGCAGCUCAGGAGGAGCAGCUCAGGAGGAGCAGCUCAGGAGGAGCAGCUCAGGAGGAGCAGCUCAGGAGGAGCAGCUCAGGAGGAGCAGCUCAGGAGGAGCAGCUCAGGAGGAGCAGCUCACCUCAGGGAAAUGCACCACUUGAGCGUUGGGCACAAGGGCGGGUGGUGGCUGCGCCAUGUGUGGGCGGGCGUAUUUGUCCUUUCCCGCCCACAGCACGAGCACCCUGUGCGGCACGGGUACCGGGCGGCUGAACCGCCACAGCCCCCUGAGGAACGCCCUGUGAGGCGCUGGCUGGGAGGACUGAAGGAGUUAGCAACCGAACGCGCCACUUCUGCUGUUUCUGCCCCGCUUGAUUUCCUCCGACCCCCUCGUUUCUCCCCCUCUCCCUGCCACCUCUCCCCCAUCCCAUCACCUCGCCAUAAGGCCACCGCUGCUUCUUCCUCACACCACUCCCCAUCCCCUCCUACCCAUUUCCACACCUCUGCACAAGGGCGGGCGGCAGUGGUUGCAAGGGCUCGUUACGGUACACUCGCUGCAGAGCUGCACAGCUGGGGUUGA